UGAACCCAGCGGUUUUGCAUUGACAAGGCACUUUCCAGACAGAAUGCAAAUCCACAGAGGGUGGGACUCCAGGGACAGCAUGGUGGAUUAGCCCCUUUUGUCCUCAAUGAAUGUGGAAACCAGUGCAGCAUGAAGUCAGUUCUGACAGGCUGCAGAGAGAAAAUUUGUAUGUGAACACGCCAGUUUGGCUAUGAUCAGGUAUGAUGUGUGUGUGUGUGUUGUUUUUUUUGCUCUGCCACAGCUCUCGUUUGUUAAAUUUUCAUUCAUUUGCCAGACACUAAAUCACACGAGAUUCACGUUCAACCUUAUUUACAGCGUGCAUACUGAAGUAUGCGAGUCCUGCUGUACAUAACAUAAAAACACUAUGAUUGACAGCAAUAAUGUCAAUGCAAGCGCUGUAGCAUGCAGGCAAAAUGAGGCAAGAAAAGGAAUACAGAAAUAGUUAUGUUGGCAUACAUGCCGAUUGCACAAUAUAUGACCGAUUUGGGUAUAUAGUGCCUGAAACACCAGGUACGGGGAACAUCCCUGCUGCAUCUUUCUCCAAAGUGGAUACAUGAGCGACCUCUAGGAUCGCAAACAAUCCGAAUAUCAUACCAGUUUGUUUUAAUGUAUCGCUCACUUCAUGGUCGUCUCAUCCCUGUAACGGACAGUGAUGUUCCUUAUGUUGCCUUUGGAUGAAAGUUUGUAAAUAUUUGUUUCAUUUUCAUGUUUACAGUCUGGUGCCAGUGAACUAUGUUUAAAUAUAAAUCAGAAAAAAAUGGUCUACAAAAUGGCGUCAAACUCUGGCAAAUGCUUUCUGAAAUACAAUUUUUCAAGCUUCGAUUUCUAUUGCUGUACUACUAUGAUAUUGUCUUCUGCUGCUUUUGUUACAUUAUGAUUAAUAAUUGAGCAGAUGAAAUCUAUAAUUUCAGCCUAAUGCAUUAAUGCCACUAAGUACCCCUCGCUCCCAUCUCCAUAUAAGGCUUUACAGAACAGAUCUCUCCUCAUUUGCCUGCUGGGAUAGAGAUCUUCUUCUUCCUCAUCACAGACUGAAUUCUGAUUGGAGAAGCCUUGCAAAUGCAAAUCGCAAGCAAAUGCUCAAGCCUUUGGAUAUUGAGUGCUCAGUAUGUCACGGGCUCUCAAUCUCAUCUGGAUUCCCACCCGGGACACCGGACUCACAGCUCGGAUCCAAACCCACGAGCAUCCCUUCUUCAAUCAGCCAGUCCAGUUUGUGUCGUUAAGGAGACUAGCCUGUGGAGGAUAAAGAGCCAGAAUGGAUUACAUAUUUCGUGCUGUGACUCGCUCUCCCGGGAUCAUAAUUUGGCGUAUUGAGAAGAUGGAGCUGGUCCAGGUACCUGAAAAAUCCUAUGGGAACUUCUAUGAAGGUGACUGCUACAUCCUACUGGCGACUGCCAAAGUAGGCUCCUCACUGUCCUACAGCAUUCACUAUUGGAUUGGCUCCCAGUCCACACAAGACGAGCAGGGGGCCGCUGCUGUCUACACCAUCCAGCUUGAUGAAUACCUGGGGGGCUCACCUGUGCAGUACAGGGAGGUGCAGGGAUACGAGUGUGACUCCUUCCGUGGGUACUUCAAGCAGGGGGUGAUCUACAAGCAGGGCGGCGUGGCAUCAGGAAUGAGACACACUGAGACCAACACUUAUGACAUCAAGCGCCUGCUGCAUGUCAAAGGCAGUAAGAGGGUCAUGGCCAAAGAGGUGGAGAUGAGUUGGGGCAGCUUCAACCUCGGCGAUGUCUUUCUGCUCGACGCUGGUAAGACCAUCGUUCAGUGGAACGGACCAGACAGCAAUCGCCAGGAGCGCCUCAAGGGCAUGAUGCUGGCGAAGGACAUCCGAGACCGGGAGCGAGGAGGGCGCUCGGACAUCGGCAUCAUCGAAGGGGAUGAUGAGGGCCAUUCCCCGAAUCUCAUGGAGUUCCUGAUCAGUGUCCUCGGGGAAAGAACCAUCCAAUUGGCCAAAGGAAUAGCAGAUGACAUCGCUGACCAGGAACAGAAGUCUCAACUCAUGCUCUACCAUGUUUCUGAUGCUGAUGGUCAAAUGAAAGUAACAGAGGUUGCUACCAGACCACUGGUACAGGAUUUGCUGAGUCACGAUGAUUGCUACUUCCUUGAUCAGGGAGGGGUGAAAAUCUUUGUGUGGAAAGGGAAAAGGGCCAACAAGGCUGAGAGACAGGCAGCCAUGUCCAGAGCUCUGGAGUUCAUCAAGCUGAAAAACUACCCCAUCACCACCAACGUGGAAACUGUGAAUGACGGUGCAGAGUCUGCCAUGUUCAAGCAGCUGUUUCAGAACUGGAGAGUCAAGGAUCAGACAGUGGGUACAGGCAAGACCUACGCUGUGGGCCGAGUGGCGAAGGUUGCGCAGACCAAGUUUGAUGCCACGCAGAUGCAUGCCAUGCCGGACCUGGCUGCCCAGGAGCGCAUGGUGGACGACGGCUCGGGAAAUGUUGAGAUCUGGCGGAUCGAAAACCUGGAACUGGUUCCUGUCGAGCACCAGUGGUAUGGUUACUUCUAUGGCGGUGACUGCUACCUGAUACUCUACACCUAUGAGGUCCAUGGGAAGAAAAGCUACCUCCUGUACAUUUGGCAGGGCCGGCACGCUUCUCAAGAUGAGCUGGCAGCUUCGGCAUUUCAGGCAGUGAACCUUGACCAGAAGUAUGGCGGGCAGCCUGUACAAGUACGCGUCACCAUGGGCAAGGAGCCUCGCCACUUCAUGUCCAUGUUUAAGGGUAAAAUGGUCAUUUUUGAGGGCGGUACCUCCAGGAAAGGUGGCACGGAUCCAGAACCACCCAUCCGUUUGUUCCAAAUCCAUGGUUUCGAGCCAUUGAACACCAAAUCCAUUGAGGUUCCGGCACUUGCCGCUUCGCUGAACUCCAACGAUGUCUUCCUGCUCAUAACCCAGACCGGGAGGUUCCUGUGGUGUGGGAAGGGUUCCAGUGGAGAUGAGCGUGCCAUGGCGAAGGAGAUCAGCUCUGUGCUUGGGCAGGGCUUUGAAGAGAUCAUAGCCGAGGGUUUGGAGCCACUUGAGUUCUGGAAUGUUCUGGGCGGAAAAACAGCUUAUGCCAGUGAAAAGAGAUUGCAGCAAUCAGUGAUGGAUCACCCCCCACGCCUUUUCGAGUGUUCCAACAAGACAGGACGCUUUAUUGCUACUGAGGUGACUCAGUUCAACCAAAGUGAUCUCAACGAAGAUGACAUCAUGCUCCUAGAUACAUGGGACCAGAUCUUCCUUUGGGUGGGAGUCAAUGCCAAUGAAACCGAGUACAAAGAAUCAGUGGUGACCAGCCAGGAGUACCUGCGCACCCACCCUGCCUCCCGGGACCCUGACACCCCCAUCCUCAUUGUCAAGCAAGGAUUUGAGCCCCCUACCUUCACAGGGUGGUUCACUGCCUGGGAUCCUUCAAAGUGGAGUGAAGGAAAAACAUACGAGCAGCUGAAAAAAGAGCUUGGGGGUGUCGCAUGUACCAUCACAGUCCCAACACAAAAGUCCGAUGCACCUGAGGUGGAAAGUACUCCGACCAACCAGUUCCACCCCCCAGAGAAGCUAGUUAACAAGCUAGCAAAUGACCUACCGAAAGGCAUCGACCCUGCGCAAAAGGAGAAAUAUCUGUCAGACUCGGACUUCUGUAAGGUGUUUGGAAUCUCCAAGGACAAUUUUGCCAACCUGCCUCAGUGGAAGCAGUUAAACAUGAAGAAAAACAAAGGGCUCUUUUAAGAACAUUAGAGCCAUUAUUAAUUUUUGAUUGAAAAAUUCUUGUUUUUAAGGAUCAUGCUUUAAAUUAAUGAAACUCAUGGAUGCUCAGUCAAUUACAGCUUUAUCUAUGAACUAAUAAACAUUUUUAACAUUC